UCAUCCUCACCGACGGGGGCAUUACGAUCUACUACACACACCCCAAGUUCUUGAUUUGUUUCUUCACCGUUGCCAUUCUAAUUUGACCUAAAUGAUUUCAAGAAGAUUAUGAUAGGUAGGGAUUAAUUAGUAUCGGGGAGGAAGCUACAAUGGCGAAGCUUUCAGGGUUGCAAAAGCAAGUGCUCAGUCUCUACAGAGCAUUUCUCCGAGCAGCUCGCACCAAAUCGGUUGAAGAUCGACAGCAAAUGGAAUCAAUUGUCGCCACCGAGUUUCGCCGCAACGCCAAGCAAAUUGAUCGUAAAAAUUUCAUCUAUAUCGAGUACCUUCUUCGUCGAGGUAACAAACAGUUGGAUCAACUUAAAAGUCCUGCCACCGUUCGAUUGUCUACGCUCGAUCCCAAUCCUGAGCCUUGAAACUACAUAAAAGCCAUGAAAGAACAGGAAGAUGGAUUUGUAUCUGCAGACAAGCAUGGUGAGGAUAAAGUAGAGCAACUGGUUCAAAUCAAGACAUUGUUUUUUGCUAGAGCUCGAGAUCUGACAGGUACGAAUGAUGUUUUAUUGGAGAUCCCUUUAGGUAGUACUACAAAGGAUUGUCUGGACAAGAUUAUAGGCAAAUUUCCUAGGCUAGAGGAAAUCCUUGGAUGUGUGGUUCUGGCUCUGAAUGAGGAUUAUACAACUGAUUCAACAAUUGUUAAAGAUGGAGAUGAGUUGGCAAUUAUCCCUCCCAUAAGUGGUGGCUAACCUUUCUUCUGCUACCAUUUUAUAACUGUAUAUACACACACAUAUAUAUUGUUUUGGUGCCAUUUCCAAAUGUGGGACUUCAUAAGCAAAUGGGAACAUUGAGCUUCUUCUCCAACUGUGUAGGCAAUUUACCUGUAUGAGAUGUAUGUGUUUUAUUGGGUACAAUUUGUUCUGCCUCAAACUUUCUUACUUUACCUCAAACGUUUUAAUCAACUUGUAAUCGUCUAUGUUAAAUUCCACACUUCCA